ACAACUGGAAUUAAUUCUUAUUCGUAUUCUUCUAAUUGUCAUGAUGCCUAACAUAAGCUUCUCAAAAUCUCUAUAAAUUUCAAAUGCAAUAACUCAUUUCUUAUUUAUCUAUAAAAUACAUCAACUACUACAAUUAUUCAUUCACUCCAAAAUAUUUUACUAUUUCCCAACAUGACUGAUCCAUGACCUCCACAGCCGCCGAUCUCCUCUUACUCUUUGGUUCUGGCGCCAGCUCGGGCCGAACCAAGUACAUCAUGCUCGACGCCACUGCCGGAGGAAUAAGCUACUACCUCUUUGCCUUUAGUGGGCCCUCCAACAGCCAGUGGAGUGCGAUAGGCAAGACAUCUGUCACGACCACAUUGGCAAAAAGCACGGCUGCCUUGACCACCCUAUUUGCGAAGAGGCUCUUGGAGGGGCAUUGGAAUGUGAUUGACGUGUGCCAUGGGUUGUUGGGACGGAUUGUCGCAAUCACCUCAGGGUGCUCUGUGGUUGAGCCAUGGGCUGCAAUUAUAUGCGGUUUUGUGGCAUCUCAGGGUACUCUAUUUGCCAACAAGGCUUAUGUCAACGAGGUUGUGGCGCUUGAGGGUUGCUUUUCACUGGGCUAUUUGCCAACAGGGCCUAUGUCAACGAGGUUUAUCCGGGAAUGCCAAAUAGGCCUUACGGCCUGCUCAUGGGUGGUGGUCUCAGUCACAAUGGCACCGCUGUUCUUGGCGCUCCACAAGUUGAAGUUGCUGAGGAUUUCAUCCGACGACGAAAUGACCACCGUAAUGGAUGUAACCAACCAUCAUGGUUUGAUUAGAAUAAAAUUUUGUGUAUAUCAAGAAUAGGGAAGAAAAUUGUUGGGAGAUAAAUAUAGCGGAGAAUCUGAAUAUUAGUACAAAAUUGUAUAGACAUGCAUUUAUUCAAGUUAUGAAUAAAAAGAGUGUUAGAAGAUUGGUGAAUAUUUGAACAUUAAUAUAGAAUAACUGCAAUCUGCAUUCGACAUCGUGCGAUUGUAGAUAUUUCUACCAAAA